CGCUCCAUCGCUCGCAGUUCCGCUUCCGGCGCACGGGGCGGCGGCGGGGCCGCUACCUCUUCCUGCCGCCGGAGCGGAGCGAGGACACAGCAGGCGUCCAGAGUCGUGGAUGGUGUCCAUCCCGUCUCGGUAAACCAUGGCGUAUCAGCUGUACAGGAACACCACGCUGGGGAACAGUCUGCAGGAGAGUCUGGAUGAGCUCAUACAGUCCCAGCAAAUCACGCCUCAGCUGGCCCUUCAGGUGCUUCUUCAGUUUGAUAAAGCUAUAAAUUUGGCACUGGCACAACGAGUCAGGAACAGAGUUAAUUUCAGGGGGUCUCUGAAUACAUACAGGUUCUGUGACAACGUAUGGACAUUUGUACUGAAUGAUGUUGAAUUUAGGGAGGUAACUGAACUUGUGAAAGUGGACAAAGUGAAAAUCGUAGCAUGUGAUGGAAAAAACACUGGUUCCAAUACUGCAGAAUGAAUGGAAGUGUGGUUUGUCUGCAAUAUUUUCUGUUAAUAUGCAGCACUUUCUGGAGAGAAGCACAGAAAGGGACUGUGUUUAUACUUAAUUCUUGUGAUGCAGAUGGGAGUUAAUCUGUAUGUACUACAAAGUGUCAUGGAAUGACAGCAGAAGAAAUAAUCUGUAGCAUUUCUUCAGUUCACCUUAUAGGGCAUGAAUACAAUGGUUUUUUUGUUUGAUUUUUUGUUUGUUUGAGGUUUUUUGUUUUGUUUUUUACAACAGAUACUGUUGCCUUUUUUCUUCAAAAUAAUUUCUGUAAUAAACUUUUAUUUAAGAACUUGUGAAUGAGUGAUCAUUGGAAAACUUGAACAUUGAUAGUGUGUUUUCCUAGUACUGCCUUAAGUGUGUUUAGAGUAAGGUUGUAAAUUCAGAGGUCUCAGUCACAAGGUUCUGAGUAUGUUUGUAUUGAUUAGUAGUACAAGAAUUGUACUUUACAAGAAUUGUACAUUAGCUCAAAGUUAUUGCACAGCUAAUCAAAAUGAAAUGGUGACACUGGGUCUUGCAAGAUUGUCCCGCAUUCUCAACAAAUGUUAGUACUGCUUGUUUUAAUAUUUGUCUGAUUUUUUGUAGUUAUAUGGAAUGCAUUUAAUUGAACACCUGGCCAGUAGGAUUUCAGUGAAGGAAUUAUGAAUUUUUAGAUAGCAAAUGGGUAACCUUGUUCUUUUUUGAAGACUUAAACCGUCCAAUAAAUAACUAAAAUCAA